UUUUUGUACAUUUACGUCAAUUAUCAUACCAAACAACAGUCGCAAACAUAUUUCAAGUCCGUUAGUUAAUGUGACAACAAGUAUCUCUGUUAUUAAUUAAAAUGAGUGCAGAGGAAAACCAAAUGCGUCAAUCCACGCCACUUCGUUCAAAUGAUUUUGACGCGAGCUCGUCGGGCUACAUCGACGAUUACUCACAACUUCGACUAUCGUAUUACCAGCACAGAGGUACUAUCUCAGACAUAACCGACAUUUCUGGAGACACGUCCACCGAAGAGCAGACGUUUGACACGGUGGAAACAAGCUUGAAUGAAACCUCCGUCACCGUGGACGAGAAAGAAGCUAGUCGACAGAAACUACGGGAUUAUUACAUUUCUCAAAUCCCGGAUCUGCCGCAUCCGUCAUACGUCGUGGCAUCCAUAAUCUCGUCAGCAUCCCGCAAGAUGGGAUCCAUUCACCUCAGAUAUAAUGACAGAAUCGAACAAGGCAAGGCUCCCGAUUCUAGGAACGAUUCGAAAUUUGAUCCUGAACGUAGAUCGACGCUGAAACCCAAUCAGUUUCCCAAUAACUAAACGGUUUAUUUUUGAAAUGAUUCUGAUGUUGAACGUCUUAUCUGAUCGUGAAUUGAACUAGUAUAAAUGCAUGUUUGUUUUUUAUAAGUAUUUAAUUAUUUAACAGUGUAUGAAAAUCGACUAUUAUACGGAUUUAACGCAAAA